AUGGCCAAAGUUCCUGACUUGUUUGAGGACCUAAAGAACUGUUAUAGCGAAAAUGAAGAAUACGGUUCUGCCAUUGACCAUCUGUCUCUGAAUCAGAAAUCCUUCUAUGAUGCAAGCUAUGGCUCAUUUCAUGAGAAUUGCACGGAGAAAUUUGUAUCUCUGAGAACCUCUGAAACAUCAAAGAUGUCCAGCUUCACCUUCAAAGAGAGUCUGGUGAUGGUGUCAGCAACAUCAAAUGAAGGGAAGAUUCUGAAGAAGAGACGGCUGAGUUUCAAUCAGGCCUUUGCUGAAGAUGACUUGGAGGCCAUAACCCAUAAUUUAGAAGAAACCAUCCAGCCACGAUCAGCAGCUCACACCUUCCAGAAUGACGUGAGAUACAAACUGAUCAGACUUGUCAAGCAGGAGUUUGUAAUGAAUGAUUCCCUCAAUCAGAAUAUCUAUCGGGACGCCGACAAUGUGCAUCUCAAAGCUGCUUCACUAACUGACCUGCAACAUGAAGUGAAGUUUGACAUGUAUGCCUACUCAUCAGGAGAUGACUCUAAAUAUCCUGUUGCUCUAAAAAUCUCAAAUACUCACCUGUUUGUGAGUGCUCAAGGUGAAGACCAGCCGGUGUCACUGAAGGAGAUGCCGGAAAUACCAAAAUUUAUCAUGGGUAGUGAGAAUGACCUCAUUUUCUUCUGGAAAAAUGUCAGCUCCAAGAACUACUUCACAUCAGCUGCCUAUCCAGAGCUGUUUAUUGCCACAAAAGAACAAAGUCAGGUGCACCUGGCCCGGGGGCUGCCCUCGAUGACAGACUUCCAGAUAUCAUAAAAGCAGCCCUAUUUCAAGAGUCUACUUACUUGAGAAGUGCUGACCAUCUGUAUGUACCAUGUACAGGAACGUUCCUCGCCCUGAGUCACUUGCACAGCAUGUGCUGAGUCUUCGUAAUUCUAAAUGAAUGUUUACCCUCUUUGUAAGAGAAGAGCAAAGCCUAAUGGAAUCAACCCAGACAUAUGAUAUUAUUUGUUAUUUAAAGAGCACCCUAUACUUUGCACAGUACUAAUCAUUUUAAUUAUUAUUCUUCAAGGCAUUCUUAGGAGGAUCAAAAAGACUCUACCCAUAUUACAGAUGGGUUAACUAAGGCAUAAGAAAACUAAAAAGUACACUCAGUUGCAUCUGGAAUGAGAAUCCACAGAGCCAUGACGUCAAUCUAACUGUGCACUUCUGCUUCUAAAUUGCUGACUGAGUGUGAUAAAUUUAUAAGAACUCAAUGCUGUCAUUUUCAAAAGGAAGGAACAACAGCCACAUCUUUCCUACCUCAGUGGGUUUUAUUCCAGUGAGAUCAUUUGGAUAAAAUGAUCUCCUCCUGUAACAAACCUCAAGAAGAAGACAGACUGCUGAAGGUUAUUUUUUAAGUUAUUUAUGUAUUUAUAAAUAUAUUUAUGAUAAUCAUAUUAUUUAUGGCACAUCCUUAGGUUCUCUGAGCUUGAUGGGGAGCCUCAGCAGCAGGGUCUUCUAAGUCAGUUAGAUGUAGUUACUCUCGGCCACCAUGCCGAGUAGACGUUAUGCUUUUUCCACAGCCAUAAAGCUCGCUCUGCAUUUUCAUACAUGGGAGCCCUGUCACCAUGACCACGAGUUGCUCAUUUAAAAUGAUUGGCCUCCUGUCCUUAAAGCUGUCUAGAUAAUCUUACGCCAUUUAACCUCAUCUGUAGCUCAAUCCAAGCACUUAAACACGGGAAGACUUUAACCAUGGCAGCCACACCGC